AUCAGUCCCCUCUAUUAUUAUUAUUAUUAUUAUUAUUAUUAUUAUUAUUAUUGGAUAAAUAGCAGUUGUCCUCAAGCCUUUUAGAAAUCCCUUUUGGAGAUGAGUCGAUUAAUCAGGCUAAUAAGAAAGUAAUUGAUCCGGUAGCAGAAGGAAAGGGACAAGUGGCCCAUGAAAUAUUUACGCUUCUGCCCCGGUGGAAAUAAAUUAAGGAAAAGUAAUUAACCAUCAGAUGAAAAGAAAGGAAGGAGAAAGCGAGGCAGAAGAGACAGAUGCACAAUGAGGUUUUGUUUAUAUUUAUUGCAGUUUUGCAAACACUGAAUCGGGAUCGUUGUCAUCCCUUGUCGAAGGACGGAGUAACUGGAAACCAGAUCAAUUAGAGGGUUUCCCUGGUUGAAAAUAACAACAAGAAUAUUUAUUUAUUUAUUGUGUCAGAAGCAAAAUGAGAAUACAGUUAUAAUGUAAAGAAAAACCAUACACAAAGUUAAAAACUUGGCAUUAUGCUAAAUGUCCUUUGACCAGAAACUGGCAACUUGGAGUGUCACUGUGAGAAGGUCCUCCAUAGUGCAUGUGGCAGGGCUCAGGCUGCAUUGUAGUGGGUGGCCUGUGGUUUGCUCUUCGCCACAUUCGCAUGUCGUGGAUUCCACUUUGUGGCCCCAUUUCUUAAGGUUGGCUCUACAUGUCAUGGUUCCAGAGCACAGUCUGUUCAGCAGCUUUCAAGUCGCCCAGCCUUCUGUGUGCCCAGCGGGGAGUUUCUCAUUUGGUAUCAGCCACGCAUUGAGGUUCCAGGUUUUAGCCUGCCACUUUUGGACUCUUGCUUGCUGAGGUGUUCCCGCGAGUAUCUUUGUGGCUCUUAGCAAACUGUUUCUUGAUUUAAGGCAUUGGCUUGCUGAGGUGUCCCUAUGAGUAUCUCCAUAGAGCUUAGGAAGCUAUUUUUUGAUUUAAGGCGUUGGCAUGCUGGCCAAUAUCCAAACAGAUGAUGGGCCAGAGAUGUCACUGCCUUGGUCCUUUCAUUGCUGGCAACUACUUCCAGGUGGAUGUCAGGUGGUACAGUGUAAUUUCUCCAGCAGUUUUGGGCAUAGACAUCCUGUGAUAAUGUGUCAUGUCUCAUUAAAAGCCACGUCCACUGUUUUAACGUGGUGAGAUGUAUUCCACACUGGGCAUACAUACCCAGCAGCAGAGUAGCAAAGCACAAAGGCAGAUGUUUUCACUGUGCCUGGUCGUGAUCCCCAGGUUAUGCCAGUCAGCCUUCGUAUGAUGUUAUUUCUGGCACCCACGUUUUUCUUGAUAUUACAGCAGUGCUUCUUGUAAGUCAGAGCAUGGUCCAGAGUGACUCCGAGGUAUUUUGGUGUGCUGCAAUAUUCCAGUGGGAUUCCCUCCCAGGCAGCUUCUAUAGCAAAACCCUGUGAAGACUCUCACCAUGAGGGACGGGAGUGGAGCAGGCACAUGCUGACCCCCGGAGCCUGAGCCAUGCGGGAUUCCGGUGUGCCGCCGCUGCCGCCGCUGCCCCCGCACAACCCGGCCCCUUUGCGGAGAUCGCCAUGAGCACCUGCCGGUACAACGGAGGGGUCAUCCGCCCACUGAGCGGCCUGAGCCGCCCCCAUGAGCCGGAGGCUGAGGCCCAGCCACUGCAGCCCCUCCGCGGCCACCCAGCCCCCCGCCUGGAGGUGGUGGUCUCUCCGGGUCCUGAGGGGGUGCAGCGGCCACGGGACGAGGAGGAGGAAGAAGAGGAAGAGGAGGAGGAGGAGGAUGACCGCCACCCCUGCGCCCAGGCCCACCGGCCCCACAAGAAGAACCAGAACGUGGGCUACCGGCUGGGACACCGCCGGGCCCUCUUUGAGAAGCGCAAGCGCCUCAGCGACUAUGCCCUCAUCUUUGGCAUGUUUGGCAUCGUGGUCAUGGUCACCGAGACUGAGCUCUCCUGGGGGGUCUACACCAAGGAGUCUUCAUAUUCCUUUGCCCUGAAAUGCCUUAUCAGCUUGUCUACCAUCAUCCUUUUGGGGCUCAUCAUUAUGUACCAUGCCAGGGAGAUCCAGCUCUUCAUGGUGGACAAUGGAGCGGACGACUGGCGCAUUGCUAUGACCUACGAGCGCAUCUUCUUCAUUGGGCUAGAGCUGCUGGUGUGCGCGGUGCACCCUGUGCCGGGCCAGUACUUCUUCACCUGGACGGCACGCCUGGCCUUCAGCUACAGCACCUCAGAGGCCCAGACCGACGUGGACGUGGUGCUCUCCAUUCCCAUGUUCCUGCGCCUCUACCUGAUUGGGCGGGUGAUGCUGCUGCACAGCAAGCUCUUCACCGACGCCUCCUCCCGCAGCAUCGGGGCCCUCAACAAGAUCAACUUCAACACUCGCUUUGUCAUGAAGACCCUCAUGACCAUCUGCCCUGGCACUGUCCUCCUCGUCUUCAGCAUCUCCUCCUGGAUCAUCGCUGCCUGGACCGUCCGCGUCUGCGAGAGGUACCAUGACAAGCAAGAUGUGACCAGCAACUUCCUUGGGGCCAUGUGGCUCAUAUCCAUCACCUUCCUCUCCAUUGGCUAUGGGGACAUGGUGCCCCACACCUACUGCGGGAAAGGCGUCUGCUUGCUAACCGGCAUCAUGGGGGCUGGCUGCACGGCGCUGGUGGUGGCCGUUGUGGCGCGGAAGCUGGAGCUCACCAAAGCCGAGAAACACGUCCACAACUUCAUGAUGGAUACGCAACUCAGCAAGCGGGUGAAAAACUCGGCUGCCAACGUACUCAGGGAAACGUGGCUCAUCUACAAGCACACUAAGCUGGUGAAGAAAGUAGACCAUGCCAAAGUGCGGAAACACCAGCGUAAGUUCCUCCAAGCCAUUCAUCAGCUGCGGAGCGUGAAGAUGGAGCAACGCAAGCUGAGCGACCAGGCCAACACACUGGUGGAUCUCUCCAAGACGCAGAACGUGAUGUACGACUUGGUGUCGGAGCUGCAGGAGCGCAACGAGGACCUGGAGAAGCGCAUCCACAUCCUGGAGGAGAAGAUUGACCUGCUGGGCCUGACGCUGCACACCUUGCCGGGACUGGUCAGCCAGGCCUUGCAGCAGCAACGCCAGCAGCAGCAGCAUCCCCAUCCUCCUCCUCCUUCUUCCCGUAGGAAGUCCCCCUCCACCGCCCCGCACACGUCUUCCGACAGCGGAUGAGGACCCCUUUCCGCAUCUAUCUAUCAGUGGCGCUCUCUCUCUCUCUCUCUAUGGCCAUUGUGUGGCCCUUCCUCUUGGAGCUUUUUUUCUGGAAAGCCUUAGAGACACUCGGGAUGAACCCAGACUGUGACCUCGCCUGACCUUUCUGCCCCAGAUGGACUUCAGGGCAAGGAGGAGGAGAGACAUAAACAAUAACACUCUGCAAA